AUGCGUAGUCUUUGGGUUGUGACUUAUAAGCUUCUUGCUUGGGAGCAUAUCCGUUGUCUUGGGGUGUGGCUUUGUGCCGCCAUAGCCAUAAUCACUUGCAGAGGCAAGGAUCAGCAUGGAAGAGAAUCAAAAGAAGCUGAAGAAAAACCGGUAAGCCCAUAUUGGGCCCACAUUUCCUNUUAUGGUGUGAACUUCGCAUCCUCAGGAGCUGGUGCUUUAGCUGAAACUCAACGAGGAUAUGUAAUAGAUCUUAACACUCAGCUAAGUUAUUUCAAGCUGGUGGAGAAGCAGUUGAAGCAGAAACUAGGUGAUGCAGGAGCCAAAAGAUUGCUAUCCAAAGCUGUUUACAUAUUUAGCAUUGGGACCAAUGAUUACUUGGUCCCUUUGUUCACAAACUCAAGUGUGCUUCAAUCGGAUUACUCUAGAAAAAAAUAUAUAGGGAUGGUGAUCGGCAACCUGACAACUACAAUCAAAGAAAUAUAUGAGAUUGGAGGAAGGAAAUUUGGGUUCUUAAAUUUGGAUGAUUUGGGUUGUUUACCACUCAUAAGAGCAAUUGUACCGGGAAGCUCAGGAUCUUGCCUGGAGAGUGUUUCAGAGUUAGCAAAACUACAUAACAAAGCACUAUCUGAAGUCCUGCCGGAGCUAGAGAGCCAAUUACCAGGAUUCAAAUAUGCAAUUCAUGAUUUCUACAAUUCUUCUCUGGAAAUCAUCAACAACCCUUCAAGAUAUGGUUUGAAGGAGGCCAUAGUGGCAUGUUGUGGCAGUGGUCGAUACAGAGGAACAUACAGCUGUGGGGGGAUGACUGGAAUAAAAGAUUACGAGUUAUGUGAUAAUCCUGAGGAAUAUAUGUUCUUUGAUGCUAUUCAUCCCACUGAGAAGACAUACAAGAUAAUUGCAGAACUUGUGUGGAAUGGAACCCCAAAUAUCACAGGGCCUUACAAUCUGAAGAAACUAUUUGAACAUUUAUAGCUGAUCAAUUAAUGUUUAUUGUUUGUAUAACAAAUAAGAUAAAAAGACCUUUGAGGUCAAGCUAUGCUUUGAAUAAUAUACCAGCCUUGUGCCGGUUAAAGAUAACAGAAGUGUGGGAAAUGUAGAUGACAGUAAGUUAUACAUAAUAUUGUUGGUUUCCCGGUCAAGUCAGUAACUUGUUCAAUAGAGUAUUACACCGGUCAGUUUUUUCUAGCCAUUUUAUAUCAGAUGCUCUACU